AUGGUGCAGCUGCCUCAGAAGGUCACAUUCUCGCAUGAUGUGGCUCCCAUCUGCAUGCCGGUAGAAGGUGGCGCAGUGAGCAAGAGCGAGUGCAAGGCCAUUGGAUGGGGCAAGGUUGGAGGCGGCGAGCACGACCCUAGUUCGCCCGUUUUGAAGGAAGUCGACCAUAACAUGCUUAGCGCCAGCGAAUGCAAAACCCAACAUCCAGAAAUUAGCGAUCUGCAGGUGUGCGCUGGUUACUCCCAACAUGGCGUUUGUUCUGGGGAUUCAGGUGGUCCCUUGAUGUGCAAGAACUCCCAAGGAGCCUAUGUGCUGGUUGGAAUCACUUCCUACGGUGACAAGAUUUGCGGAGGUUCACGCCCAGCAGUUUUCACCAACGUUGAGAAGUAUCUCAGCUGGAUUAAACGAGUUAAGACUGAUUACCCUUAA